AUGUCUACCGGAGACCCUGGGUCCCCACUGCCGGCACCGCCACCACCGGUAUCCGCCACCAGCGUCCAGGCCCCCCGCGACCGGAUCCCGAUAAGCUCGAAGAAGACGCAAGUCACGGGCCCCGCCACCGCCGCACCCAACUAUGCUGCCGCUGCGAGUCAGAUGGCGACUCAAACACCUGAACAACAGCAACAACAACAACAGCGUGCCAAGGCUCUGGGCAGCCUCCUACAAGCCAUGGGUGCUGUACCCGGAAACCGCAUGGAUCGCUGGGUCCAGGCCAUCUACUUCGCCGAACUCUACCCCGUCGCCACCGCCACAUCGCUGAAAUUUUCGGCCUUGAACGCGAACCGGUCCGUCGAGAACAUCUUCGAUUACGCCCUUGAAGUGACUCUGUCUCACCAGAGCGCCUCGCGAGCGACUCAUGCCGACAAGAUCGAUCUCGUGGCCUGCGUCACGAGGCUGCUAUCGCCCAUCUCUCCUAUCUGCUUUGAGCCUGGAGUUCCUCUGCCGGACCAUCUUGCGGCUUAUCAACCACAGAUCUUAGGCGUACAACAUUCAUCAAUCCUGCGUAAUGGGGCGGCUCACCAUCGCGUUACGGUUGGGUUCGUCACCGGCGAGGCACGUGACGCGGCGCUCACGACGCCCCCCGCUCUCACUUGGCGAUCGGCGAAGGCCCGCUUCGCGAAGUCUCACAGGUUCCACCAUAACAUGGUCGAGCUUCGAAUCAACGUCGGUGUUCAAGGAGUGCCCUCCAUGGAUGCCAUCAUCAAAUCGUUCCAAUCACUUGUGCAAGACCUGUCAGGCAAGGGACAUUCAUGCCAACUUGUGCAGGUUCUGCGCGUUAUCAGCGUGGACAACGCCUCGGCCUUCGCCCACGUUGCCGGAGACUACUCGGCUUUCCUACACUUCGAUGACGACUCCCUAUUCCAACGCCCCAACACGACCUUGAAGGAGAUUCUACCUUCGAGGAUCGACCUUCCCACUCGAGGCAUCCCGGUUACCGCCCUUCGCCAUGACUAUGAGAAGGAGGCGGCUUGCGGUAGGUGCCACUUUGUGGGUCACGUGGGAACCUGCGGACUGGAUCAGGAGAGGAAGCGGAAGGAGGCUCACAACGGCAUCAUCAACAGCAACAAAAACACCAUCACCCACAACACCAACAUCGCGGAGGCCGAGGCCCCCACUCCUGUGCUGGUUGUUAACAGGAUCGCAUCACAGAAUCACUUCGCCGGGCUCGAGGUCGAGGAGGGACAGGAGGAAGAGGUAACUGGCCAGGGCGAACAGGGACCGGAGGAAUCGGGGGAGGAAGACGCUGGUGAUAAGGCGGAUGACGAGGACUCGGAGGACUCGGAGAUGGAAUCGGAGGCGGCCGCGAAAACGGAGGUCAUCAAAAUUGAAAGCGAGGACGAGUCGGUCUUGGAGGACUGCAGCGGAUCCGAUGGAGAGGUGAUUGAUGAGAAUGAGGUGAUGGUGGAUGAAAGAGGUGAAACGGAAGGAGAGGUGGCUACGGAAAUGGAGGAAGAGGAGGUGGCGACGGAGGUGGGCGAUGUGGACGAAGCGAGGGGAUCGACGAAAGCGGAGAAUGCGGAAGCGACGGACUUAGGGGAAACGAACAGGCUGGACAACGACGACGACAGCGACGCCACAGCAACCGCCGCCACCGCUUCCCGCGAAUCGACGCCGCACGAACCAACCCCACCUCUGUCACCCGAAACUCUCGCCAAGUCGCUACGCGAGGGGGAGGAGUGGGACAGGAUCAGAGCUAACUGGGUUGAGCAGGCACGACUUGAGCGGGACCAAAGCAUCGAGAGGAGGCUCAACGCUGAAACCCCUUUGGUGCGUCACAACUUUGCCACGUGGGACGAGGACGGUGAGAUACGCUCCAUCAACGUCAGGGGGACCGCUGCGAAGUUCAAGAAGCAGGUGAUGAAGAGGUCGCAGACUGCUGCGGACCUCAGUGACCCAAGUGACGAACCGACCGACGCCAAGCGAGUCAUCAUCAAAGGGAAGAGCCGCGUCGUGGUGAAGGAUGGAAUAGAGGGGCGGAGGGUGACGAGGUCGAUGUCGGCGGCAGCGGCGAUGCAGGUCGAGGUGACGAAGGUGGACAGAGGGAAAGGAAGAGGGGUAGCUGAGGAAAAACGAUGGUCCGACCACGAGCCCGAGGACGAUGUCCUGCCCGCCCUUCCCCUCUUUGAGGACGUCACCACCGCCAAGAGCGCCUCGACCUCGACUACCCAUUAAUGAUCAAGCACACCAUCAUCACCUGGAACGUAAGAAGGGGCAUGGGGGUCCCGGAAAAACGACGUCAUAUCUACACCUACCUUUCCACAUUCAAAGCUUCCGCGAUUCUCUUACAAGAGCAUUUCAUCAGACCACAAUUCUGGCAGUUCAUCAAGGACGAGUACGAGGGCAAGCUCUUCAUCAACCAGCACUGCCUGACCCUGAUCCCGGCCGACUCGCCCCUGAUCGACGCCGAGCUCUUGCGCACCCACUCGGCACUCGACGGCCGGCUCCUCGUCACCUCCUUUCGUCUGCGGGGUGACAUCAAAAUUCUAGAAAUCAACAACCUUUACGCGCCCGUUGCCCCAAAACAACGAGCAAAAUUCUUCGACAAACUGAUCCUCCACAAAACACAGAAAUCCCACCUCCGACUCCUUGGCGGCGAUCUCAACGACUGCCCGCGCCCAGAAGUCGAUCGGCGGAACCAAAGUCGGCGCGGCCACCACUGGCCGAUUCUGAUGGGCAAGCUUGACUCGGCCUACACGGACUGCAUCCGCUACAAGCACCCCAUCACCCCAUCUUUCACUCGACCUAAUCCCAAUCGCAAGCGACCCAACUCCUUCUCCCGGCUUGACUACUUUCUCCUACAGAGAGCUCACCAAAAAAGGCUCGACCAGGCCUCGACGAUCUACGACUAUCCCAAGGAUCUUUCUGAUCACCGACCGGUCUUGAUUGUGCUGGCUCUCUCAGACGAUCUUGAUGCGGCUCUCCCACAGCUCAGCCUACCUACCACAUCCAACCAACUACAUCGAAUCAAUACCACAACCUUCAAGACGGUGGAAUUUCAGCGGAUGAUGGAAGGAUGGUUGGAAGGGGCAAGCGGGGAGGAUCCGGUGCGAGAGCUUGAGGAGGUUCUGGAGGCGUGCAGGGACAGGGGUGGGGAGAUGGCGAGGAGGCUGCAUCGGGAGCGGACGGAACGGAUGGAGUAUUUGGUGGGGAGGGUGCAGGAUCUGGAGGCGUUACCGGUAUGGGGGGAGGCGGAAACGGCAGAAUGGACAAGGACGUCCGAGGAACUCAAGCGGGCGGUCGAGGAGCGCGCGCGCCUACUCCGGAUCCGAGCCCACGUCCCCGAGAUCGCUUCCGAGGAACGACUGUCGCGGCCGGUCCACGCCAAGCUCGCGGCGCGGAACUCGGACUCCAAGAUCACAGCACUGCGCUUGGGCAACGGAGAGCUAACGCAUGACAUUGAUGUCGCUCUUGACCACACGCAGGCGCAUUUCCAGCGCCUCUACCACAUCGAGCCUCGUGAUCCGGAACGCGUCGACCGACUUCGGGACGAACUCCUCGUGCCGAUCAGGGCGGCACGGACUUGCGACGACCCGCGCUCAGAUCCGCUCUUUCUGCGCCGACUCUCGGAAGCGCAGAUUGAUCUCCUCCAGCAACCCAUCACCGAGGACGAGGUCGUGGCCGCGAUCGGGACGACGCACCCGGGGCGAUCGCCGGGCCCGUCGGGCGUGCCUUACGAACUCUAUCAGACCGCACCGGAGGCGUGGUCCAAGGUGCUGACCAAGGCCUACAACGCGAUGAUCGAGCGCGGUUCACUCUCUCCCAAGCAGGGCCAGGGACUCGUGCGCCUCAUCUUCAAGCGCCACAAGAAGAAUGCCGAUCGCGCCGAACUCUUGUCGUAUCGCCCCAUCACCCUGCGCGAGUGCGAUUACAAGAUUUUUACCAAGGUCUACGUCGCCCGAUUGAACCAAAUUCUGCCCGAUCUCCUCCCGCCGCAGCAGCACGGCUUCGUCAAGGACCGCCGAUCGGCCGACGCUGCACUACACCUUCGUCUCCUGAUCGAGGAACUUGGCGCGCGCAGGACCGAGUUCCCCGCGGCCGCGCUCUUGUCUCUUGACCAAUCAUCCGCCUACGACCUCGUCGAGCAUGACUGGAUCUUUGCCAUCUUCGACGCUCUGGGCGCUCCUACCACCUUUCUUCGCGUGCUGAGGAUGCUCUACUCGGGUGACUCGACCUCGGCGCGCUACAUCAUCAAUGGGUUCCUGACGGCGCCGGUGCGACUGACGUGUGGGCUCGGCCAAGGGGACCCGGCGUCAUCGUCGGUCUGGGACAUCGUGUUUCAGCCGUUCCUGGAUGCUCUACACCGUCGAAACAUCGCGCUGAAUCUCUCCAUACCUGCACUUCAUCCGUACCCACAGAGCCGCGCCAUUACAUCACUUGCAUUUGCCGAUGACGUCGUCGUCGCCGUCGCGGGCUCGGAGUCACUCAACUUGCUCGACGACCUGGCGCUCGACUGGAGGCAUGCAACGAAUGGCCGGCUCAACACGGACAAGACGGUCGUCCUACCGAUUGGACGUCGCUGGGACCCUGGGGAACGGUCAAUCGUCGUCAAGGCCGCAGGCGAGUCGCUCGAGUGGAUCGGCCUCCCCUUCGACCCCAGCGGCGACACCGAACUCGCCUACGCGAAUCUCAUCGAACGGCUCGAGGCGACGCUGGAAGCGGUUCAGCAUCGCUGGCUCACGCACCACACCCGUGCCUUUUACGUCAAUCGGUACGCCAUUCCCAAGAUCCUGCAUUUCCUUGCAGCCGACAUCCCGCCGCCCGAAGUCGUCAAGAAGCUCGAUGACAUGCUCGUCGAUUUCGUCCGUGGGGGCAAGGGCAGGACCAGCUACGGCAGAGACAUUGUGUUCACCGCCAAGAACAAGGGGGGACUCGGGGUGACAAGGAUGCGGGACGUUGUGGACGCGGUUGCGGCACGGCUCUGGGACGUUCUUCUCGGCGGUUCCGGCGCGAUUUGGCAAGGAUUUGCGCGCGCAGCACUCCAGCGAGCUCAGCCCGACCUCGACCUGGCCACCGAUCUCUGGCCACAUCCAUCCACUCCCAUCUCCAACGACCUUCAUCCCCGAUGGCACGCCGCACUGGGCGUUCCGAAACUUCACGACGCGCAGGUCAACCCGAGGGCCUUGACCACCGCGAACCUGCUCGCGCUGCCCACCCUGCUCGGCAGCCUCCACACCCCCAUCAGAGGGAGACAGACCAUCGACGCGGUUCAUGUACCUGACUACCUUCGUCUCCAGGGCUACCCGAAGGUGGCGGAUCUCUAUCGACGCGAGUUGUAUGCGGGUGGGGGGUUUCACCUCUGGACGCCGCCGGCGAAUGUGCUCGGCGACAACAGCGAAUACGAUCGACGCGGGCUCCCGCAGCGACUGGCAAUCGCGGCCUGGUACCGGUUCACUGUCGAUCGACACAAGAACACCCCCUUGGCGGCGGCGGUGGCGGCGGGACGACUCAACGUGCCUCCCCGGAUCGGCACCAGCGCACCGCUCGAGGCGAUCAUCCCCAAGCCCGUGGCCCGCUUCGCAAUGGAGCAGCGCCUUCCGGACCCGGUGCUUCCACAACAGGCGAGCCAGUAUACGCUGCUGAACAUGGCUCGCCCCUACACAGUCCGUCGCAUCCGCCGGGUCCUGAACGCGAAGGCAUUUACCAACACGCUCGGGCUAAAGGGACCACCGCAGCCGGACGACCUCAGGAGCUUCUGGAAGGCAGUCAACUCGAAGGCACUGACGGCGAGGGAGAGGGAAGUUUGGUUCAAGCUGAUCCUCCGCUUCACCCCGACGCGCAAGCUCCAGCACGAGCAAAAGCACGACACUUCUCUCGCGUGCCUCGUCUGCGAAGCGCCGGUGGACGACACCGAUCACUACUUCUUCGGCUGCUUCGACUCGCGAAACGUCUGGAUCGCGGCGAGGGGCGUGCUCUGCGACGCGCUCGGAUGCGACACGAUCGAGGGCGCCGAGUACACGACGCUUCAACGACUCUUUGGCCUCCCCAAGCUCAAGGCCAAGCUCAGCGCACAGGAAGGCGCGGGCAGGACGAUCGAGAUCUUCACGGGGAUGGUUUUGGAGAUGAUCAGCAGUGGGAGAUGGAGGAUGCAGAAGCACGGGACGAGGAUGGAAAGCGUGGAGAGGAGGAGGGUGGUACUGGAGGAGAGGAUGAAGUUGAGGGCGGGAGGAGCAAGAGGCGGGCGAGGGCAGUAG